AUGUACCCGCCCAAGUCAUCAGCUUCGUCGAGAGUUUCAUCCACCUACACUCAGUCAAUAGACGCCCCAACGUCCUCUUCGGAGGACACAUCAACCUCGACGACUGAACAGUGGCACAGGUAUUUUGAAGAGCGUCCGAUGUCCUUCCCAACGGAGGUGGAUGUAACCGCACGCGACCUGCUGCGAACCUGGACAGUUUGUUCCCGAAUACCCCACCAGUAUCUGACAAAUCUGCUGAAGAUUUUGAGGCAGAUGAAGCCAGACGACGCGUCAAACAUGCCCUUCGACGCCCGAACACUUCUCGGCGGAGCAGGCGAUCUGCCACCGGUAACGGCAUUUGGCAGCGGUAAGUACGUUCACUUAGGACUUGUAAAGCAGUUGACUGAGCCUUUCCCAUGCAGGUGAUAGGUUAUGAGACAGUAGCGUACUUAGCCAUCGACGGUCUUCCUAUUCAUAUGAAAACCAAAAGAGAAUUUUGGCCAUAUUUAGGCAGAAUUAUCCAGCCCUUUGUUAGUCAAAUUUUUGCAGCAGGAAUUUAUUGUGGGCAGGGAAAGCCGCCCGGUGUUCAGUCAUUUGGCAGACCGCUAGUAGAAGAGUUGGGAACCCUUGCAAGUUCUGGUCUGCGUGUCGACGUCAUCGACAGAACUCUGCAAUUCCGUCUGACAGCCGUUAUCUGUGAUGCGCCUGUUUGGGCAUUCAUUAAGCAAAUUAAGAACGUUACUGCGUACUACGGUUGUGAACGGUGCUAUGUAAAAAGGAAAUACCUUGAAAAAGUAGUCUACGACAGUGUCUCUGAGCCUGCUAGGACGGAUGAGGAGUUCUUGUCUCUUGCUGAUGGCAGUCAUCGAGUUGAAAUUUCACCUUUGCUAGCUUGUAAUCUUGGAAUAAUGAGUUCAUUUCCUUUAGAACCCCUUCGUUUGGUUUACCUGUGUGUAAUGAGAAGGCUGUUGAACUUGUGGCUUCGAAGCCGCUUUUGUAGGCUCGUGGACCAAGCUCAAGUUGUGUCCAGUCAGUGUGUGCUGCAUUUGUCGAGGGGUGGUGUCCCAGUGGCUUUGGUUGUGGUUGCAGGGGGGCAGUGCGUUCAAGUGGCCUCAUGGGCAGCUGCAGCUGUUCGGGCGCAGGUAUUCCCGAGCUUUCGGUCGUGUAACUUCAGGUCAGCGCGUCUGAAACGGCUCAUUGCAAGAGGACGAAUGACCUUAAGGCAGCGAGGUCUUGAGCGGUGACGCCAGACCGGUCAUGAUGUCUGCCCGCUACAUAACUUAAUUCUAAGCGGGGGACGCUGCGUUUCUUACAAGAAAAGAAAAACGAUUGCAAAAGAGGAAAAACGGCAAAAAUAUAAAUAAUUGUACAGACUGAAGAAAAAUGAAGUCCUUUCCAGUAUCAGUUGUUGAAACGUGGAUGCUAAUCGGGGGUUUACCUUAAUGGCUUGUCGAUAUCGAGGCAACAUACUUGUAUAGUCGCUUGCCGAGAUUUGCGCCCAUAUCGUUCUUAUUGGUCAGCCGCCCCUUUGCACUUCGCUCUGAUUGGCUGGCGAACUUGUCGCGAUGCGUGCACAUCACGCGAAGGGCGCCAUUACGACAUGCUUUGCCGUGACAUGCGCGCGUGACUCUGCUGGCGUAACUUUAUAGCUGCCCACUUCAUUUCUUCUAUGGUUCCAUAUCCGUUUAAUUUUAAUCAUUUUAACUAACGUUAUGUUAAGGCAGGUAUCUCGGCAGACGGUAAGAAAACACAUUGCGCAGAUGCCAUACCUCCUGCUUCCGAACGUAGCGGUAGGACGAUCCCAUUCCCUAUACGCUCUUUAGCUGCCAAAGUAACAAACGUCCAGGAUAACGGGGAUGUACUUAGCUCCUUGGAUGUUGUGAACGCCCCAUCAGAUAUCUUGGCUAGGCGACAGCUAUGGAAAACGGAACUUUUGCCGGUGUUCCUAACUCGAGUAAAGAAUAGGGAGAAGUUGCAAGCUAAUCCGGUUGCGCUCCCAACUCCCUAAAUCCGGCCACUGAGAGGCCUGUAGCUGCUUACACUAUCGAACGACCGAUCAACAGUCGGUCAGAUUUUAUGGAAAUCAGUGGGAGACCGAUGAACUUAGACUUUCGCCAGCAACUGGCAUGCAAAAUUCUUUUCACCUAUCUCUCCCAUUAGGCGCCAUAUCCCAUGUCCUAUUCGGUUCGAAGUUGUACGAACCAAUUAUAGGUGAAUAACUGCAUGUUCUACUAAGGUUACUUCACGCAGAUAUCUACUGAUGGUGGAGCAGAGGGGAACGUGUCGACCUCUAUGAUUUGGGGGCCGCCUUUACCAAACGCCUAAAGCGAUCUCUGAACGCGGCGGGUGAAAGGCUUCAAAGAAGUCAGACAGCCUCAGAAGCAAAUGGUUAGCCAAUUGUACACAUAUCAUACAUAUGCCUAAGUUUCAGAACUGGUAGUCAGACCGUUUACUUCAACACCGCCACGUGACGGCAUCUCAUGAAUAUGGUCUGUUCCUGUCACGGAUGCUGGCUUUCAACGUCUUUUUUACAUUUACUGCGUACUACUGACAAGCAGUUUGUAAAAUACCUCUUGCUUUUCGUCCCAGUAUAGUUGGAUUCGGUUCGUGUUCAAAGUCCUCGAAAAUGGCUAAUACGCGAUAAAACAAGUUACAUGCCUACGGGAAAUGUUAGUGGAAGUAAAGCAUGGCGGAUGGUAUUAAAAGGAAGUGUUAUACAGUAAAUGUUUGUCUUGUGUGCACAAUGCAAAAACCUUUUUUCGUCUGCGUCACUCUAUCUUGACUUGUCGAUAUGAGGGGCAUAUCUACAAAGAGGUCAAAGUCGACAUCCGGUCGAUGUCCACGCAAUAUCCUGUCGAUACCGACACGCUCUCAGGUGUUCGUCCUGUUUUGUGGUGUGGACUGUAACGGGUACAGCGUACAUGGCAUUGAGCCUGGACGAGAGGACGAUAAUUAGAUAAUAUGGGAACUAACCCUCAGUAGGCCAAAGUGAAAGAGAAACUUUUCCUGAAACAGAUGGAUCAGGAACCACACAAGAAGCGUAUCAGUAAAAUUGAUCCUCAGAUAUGCCUGAAUGAGAGUGCUUACAGACAUCCUUACUGUAUAGUAUGCAUCAGGUCUCUUCAUUGAUAUUUUCCAUUUCGCUGGUGGGUUUCCAAGUCACCUAAUUCUGUAUGUAGCAUAAUAUAAUGUGACAGUUAGCCACUGGCUGUCGCCCGCGUGGCCUAAUGGAUAAGGCGUCUGCCUCCUAAGUAGAAGAUUGUGGGUUCGAGUCCCACCGUGGGUGCACAUUUUCGCAGCGAAAAUAUGUACUCUCGAUUUCCUUAUUAGUCAACGAUGAUAAAUGGACGAUUCCGGAAAUAAACGUUAAAAGCGUACAGAAUAAACGCCAAAAUCCAAAUGUUUGUAAUAUCAAGAAAUAUGUGCACGCCAUGAAAGUAAUGUAGAAUACUAACUAAUUGACGUACAAGCAUGCUACUGGAAAAGUGACACGACAUAAAUUGUCUUCAAGUCCUAGUGUUGUGCAGUGAGGUGGACGUAGCAAGUAUACUUCAUACAAAAAGUUACUGAAAUACGUGCGUAUUUCAGUGACCAGUAGCUGCAGUACUACUGUGUGUACAGUAGUAUGUUAAACUGGAAUUGGUAGUCACCACAAGGCGUCAAGCUAACAUCGGCCAUUAGGGAGGUAUAUCGCGUCUAACUACUGGUUGUACCUUAAGCGCCACAAUCCUGAAGCCAAGACAUGAGUUCUGGAAGAGGACGAAAGAUACCAGGAGAAAUUUACUGUGUUCAGAAGCCUGCAUCACUGUUCCGGGCAGCUGUGGCCUCUGGCCAGGCCAGGGCGUGUACUGACGGUUGCAAGUCACGCAGGAGGGAGAGAUAAGCGACAACUACUUGUAUAGGUGCAUAGAAAAUUCGCGUUUGUGCACGGCAUUUCCUGAGAGCUUUCUGGAGUCAUGUCAUACGAGUCUGAUUUUUUCACUUGAACUAUGGGCCAAAGUAUUGGACGAAGGCAAUAUGGCGCAAACCAUCUACAUUGACCUUAAAUAUGCCUUCGACAGCGUUCCUCACCAAAGUCCCCUGCAUAAAAUGCUUAGCGUAGUAGUGCGUGGAAGAUUUCUUGAAUAACCCCGGACCAUUUGACUGGACGAUUCCAAAGUGUACAGGUCGGACGCCAGCAGUCCUAAGAGAUAACCGCGAUGAAUGACGUACAACAGGGCCCGGUUUUAGGCCCUAUGCUGUUCCUCAUUUUUAAUAAUGACUGCCUUAGGUACCACGACUGUGAUGUCAUCCUGUUCGCGGACGUCGUAGACUUGUGGAAUGUUGUUCACGAUACGGCAAACGGAGACCGCCUGCAGAUAAACUAAAACAGACUCGAGGACUGGUCGAAGCGCUGGCUUACGCCCUUUGAUGCAAGUAAGCGCAAUUUUCUUCAACUUAGCAGCUGACGAGCCACCAGCUCGAGGGCUUAUUUUCUAAAUGGUACACCAUUUAGAACCAGUUGAUGGUCAGAUGAACUUGAGUGUGUGGAUUACAUCUUCACUCACAUCAACACUGAACUUCCCGAAGGUGGCCAAAUCAGCCAAGUCUAUAUCGCAGCUCAUCGGGGGAGUCUUUAUAUAAAGAUUCCACAUGGAGUUCGACAAAGACAGCUUCUCCUAUUUAUCUGGAAUCUUCGUGCGGCUGUAUCUAGAAUACGCCAUACAGGCGUGGGGACCUUGAACUGUCGGGGACUGUACCGUCUCAGAGAAGGUCGGAGGUGGGCGACAAAAGUAACCAAAGGUCUGGGAACAUUGCCCUAUGAAAACGAAUUGUCAGCUCUCAACCUACCUCCCCUUUCCUGUAGGCGACUGUUAAGUGAUCUCAUACUAACCUUCCGCACUAUGAAUGACCUGGACUGUUGUUUUAUCUUCGGUAAUUUUUCGCCCAGGUUAACAUGCCUACUUUGCGCGGCCAUCCCCUAAAUCUACACACAGGUAAAGAAAGGAUCAGUGGGCGAAGGGUUUCCUUUGAUGACAGGGUGAUUGCGGCAUGGAACUUCCUGCCUGCCGAUGUUUUAUCCCCCAUUGCGUGGAUUUAUUUAAUUGUAAACUCGACACUCAUAAAGCUCCUCACUUGCCAGCUACACACCCCCUCGGGGCCAGUCACCCAGUUCAUGUAUGAUCAUAUUACUUAGAGUAAGUGAGUAGGCUCAGACGUCCACUCUUUAAAUGGUAGACAGCUGCUUGCCUUCGCAUUCAAUUAUGUGGGCCAUCUGGUUUUCAAUUUUCCCUACUUAUCGGUACUUCUUCCCGGACAUUUUGUAGCCAAUAGGGAAUUCAGUGGCGUCCUACUAUCUUCCCCUCAGUAUAGCUAAACUGAACAGAGAGGGCAGGUUGGGGAUGUCCAAAGAGGCUGACUUGUUCACCGAGUGUCCGUUGACACAGGGGACGGGACUGAAGCUGUUUGGUGUCGAUGUUGUGGAUAGGAAACGCUUGAGACCUGCCAGCUGCUCCUUCGAUUUGCCAACGACAGCCCUGCUGACCCCAUUGACCGUUGAUUCAGUCAUCAUUGCAAUUCUGCAGGUCAUUUACGCGUAG